AAGUGCCAGCGCUUUCAAUGAGUUACUGCACAGUUCUCCGUCGAACGCCAUGGAGAAGUUACUCACCUCUAUCUUACUAGCGACGCUUAUCGCGUUGAUUCACGCAGCUCCAUCGUACGACGACGCGACUCGAGCAUUUCAAGUGGAAGACGCAGAUGCCCGGCUCACCGUUCCGCAGCUAAUCCAAAAGUAUAACUACCCCGUGGAAGUUCAUCACGCCACAACCGAAGAUGGCUAUGAGUUGGAACUUCAUCGCAUCCCCAGCCUACCUGGAUCUCCGGUGGUUUUCCUCAUGCAUGGCUUGCUGUGUAGUUCGGCCGACUGGAUCAUCAUAGGUCCGAAUAACGCCUUAGCGUACCUCCUCGCCGAUCAGGGCUAUGACGUAUGGAUGGGAAACGCUAGAGGAAAUCGAUAUUCCCGACGGCACACAGCUCUAACUCCAAACAUGCACGCCUUCUGGCAGUUCUCCUGGCACGAGAUAGGCUACUACGAUCUCCCAGCCAUGAUCGAUUUUACCCUCAAUCAAACCAAUCAAAGCAAGCUGCACUACAUCGGCCAUUCGCAAGGGACCACCACGUUUUUCGUAAUGGCCUCCACCCGACCAGAAUACAACGAGAAAAUCCGCUUGAUGCAAGCUUUCGCACCGGUUGCGUUCACCGAACACGUGCGAAGUCCCCUUCUGAAGGUCAUGUCGCGCUUCCAAAACUCGCUGACCGCCCUGUUCGACACGUUCGGCGUUGGAGAGUUCCUUCCGAACAACGCCAUCUUGCACGAGGUUGCCCAACUGUUCUGCUCGAAGGACGUCGACCGGAAUUUGUGCUUGAACGUCAUCUUCCAGAUAGCCGGGUCUGAUCCGGACCAGGUGGAAACGCAAAUCGUUCCGAUUUUGAUUGGCCACACCCCAGCCGGAGCGGCCACCAAACAGGUCGUCCAUUUCGCUCAGGGGAUGCGCUCCCAUAUCUUCCGGCGGUAUGACUUUGGGAAAAUUAAGAACCUGGCCGUUUACGGGACCCCACAGCCGGCGGAGUACAACGUGACUGUCAUCAGCGUCCCAAUAAUGAUGUACUACGGACUGAACGACUAUCUGGCCGAGCCGAAAGAUGUGCUGCGGUUGUCCGGUAUGUUCCGGAAUCUGGAGGGAUGCAAGCAGAUGGCGAUAGACAGCUUCAACCAUUUGGACUUUCUGAUGGCCAGAGAUGUGAGGGGUUUGCUGUACGAUGAGGUGAUUGGGAGGAUUCGCGAGUGGCGCGAUUGAUUGGAGCGGGAAUCUCGUAGAAAUAAAAUGAUGCUUUAAAGUAUAAGUUUGGA